AUGGCAUCUGCCGCGAGUCAGGAAAGCCUAGUCGAGGAUGCUGGAAUAAAUUGUCAAGAAGCUCAACCCACCGCCUACGAUACACCACCGGAUGGAGGAAUCCAGGCCUGGCUGCAAGUCGCAGGUUCUUUUUUCCUCUUUUUCAACUCAUGGGGCACUGUCAACACUUUUGGCGUCUUCCAAACCUACUAUGAGACAAAUCUGCUUCAAGAUCAAUCUGCAUCAAACAUUUCCUGGAUCGGUGCUAUCCAAGCCUUUCUUUUACUCUUAGUUGGGGUCAUUACUGGUCCACUUUAUGAUGCAGGAUAUUUUCGAGCGCUCUUGUUUACCGGAUCUGCCUUGAUUGUGAUCGGUUUCAUGACUUUAAGUGUGUGCUCACAAUAUUGGCAAGUGCUCUUGGCUCAGGCAAUUUGCAUCGGAGUUGGCAAUGGGUGCCUCUACAUUCCUUCGGUGGCCAUCAUUCCGCAAUACUUCUUCAACCGCAAAGCGAUUGCCACUGGUAUCGCAGCAUCCGGCAGUAGCGUCGGCGGUGUACUCUAUCCAAUUGUCUUUCGGCAGUUGCAGCCUCAAAUUGGAUUCCCAUGGGCGACAAGAAUCCUCGGUUUUCUGGCCUUGGCCACCUGCUCGUUCUCACUCUGUACUAUGCGGCUUCGCCAAAUGCCAGAUCAACGACGUGUCUUGUUAGAAUUCUCCGCGUUCAAGGAGGCACCGUAUGCAUUAUUUUGUUUGGCCAUGUUCUUUGGCUACAUUGGAUUCUUCAAUAUUAUCUUUUACAUUCAACCAUACGCGCUUAGAAUGCAUGCAAUGGGGGAGCAUCUGGCGUUCUAUCUCGUACCAUUGCUAAACGCGGCUUCUGUUCCUGGUCGAAUCGUGCCUGGACUUUUAGGCUCCAGGCUAGGUCCUUUGAACAUUUUACUGGUGAGUGCUUGCAUCAGCGGAGCACUAUGUCUCUGUUGGAUUGCCAUAUACACCUCCGGUGGUCUUAUCGCUUUGGCCAUCUUGUAUGGGUUCUUUUCCGGUGCAUUUGUUUCGCUUCCAGCCGUGGCAUUGACAACGUUGACCCCCGACUUCCGUUCCCUUGGCACUCGAAUGGGAAUGUGCUCCGUUUUGUGCGGCUUGGGUUCAUUGUGCGGGUCGCCCGUGGCAGGCGCAAUUCUGGAUAAGACUGGAUCCUAUUUAGGAACUCAGCUGUAUUCUGGUAUAACUAUUUGCGCCACGGGGGUUCUGCUUUUCCUUGCGCGAAUCUGCAAAACAGGAACUAAAUUGAGGGCUACUGCAUGA